GUUGCUGUCUGAGCAGAGGCAGCGGGAAGAGGAGGCCAGUCGCCCUAACAUUCCUCAGGAAAGCUACUUCAAUGAGAUGAGAAGGCUUCUUGAACCAAGGAUAUACAGCCAAGAUCAGGCGCCGAGAAGCUGUUUUCCUUCUUUUCUCCCCCAACUCCUCCUGGAGUUGAACAGCUCUCAUUUCUGGCAUGCGUCUCAUCUCUCAGGAUACGAUGUCACAGUAUUCUACUAACUUUCUCUUGCUCCCCAUACCAGAGUAUCCGGCAUUAGACUGCGUGCCCAACAAAAUCAUCAAGCUCGUGGUCCUGGGUGGCAGUAGUGUUGGCAAGACAGCCCUGGUUGUGCGCUUUCUCACAAAGAGAUUUAUUGGAGACUAUGAAGCCAAUACUGGUGCUUUGUAUUCAAGAAAGUUCACCAUAGAUGGGGAGCAGAUCUCUCUGCAGGUGCAGGAUACACCUUUUGUUUCACUGGAGGAUGACACUGACAGCAUUUGCUGCCAAGAGCAGAUAAACCGUUCGAUCUACUGGGCAGAUGGCUUCGUUUUUGUUUACUCCAUCACAGACUACGAGAGCUACCGAGUCAUUCGUCCCCUGCACCAGCACAUCCGCAAGAUCCACCCGAAUGCCAACAUCCCCCUGCUUCUGAUGGCAAACAAAGGAGACCUCCUGCGAGCCAGGCAGGUGUCCUCCAAAGAAGGACUCCAGCUGGCCAGUGAACUGGGAGGGACUUACUAUGAGGUGUCAGCCCGAGAAAACUGUGAGGGGGUGCACGAAGCCUUCCAGCAGCUUUGCCAGGAGGUCAGCAGGAUGAUCGGGAGCUGCAAUGGGGAGAAACGAAGAGGCCUCCACCUUGUGCGACCCAAGUCUCCAAAUAUGCAGGACUUAAAGAGACGCUUGAAACAGGCGCUGACUUCCAAAGGGAAAUCUGCCACUACACUUUGAUGGAGCCGACGGAAAUUGUUUUCUACAGCUCUGAAAAGAAAAAAAAAGGGAAGAAAAUAAGCUGGUAAUAAGGGGCAUCACUGAAAUUCAGCUAUCAGGUUGUG